AUGCCUUUUGAUAAGAGGGAACCUUGUAGAUCGGAGGGUUCAGAGAACAUUGAUAGUAGCAUAAUCACUGAUGUAGCUGAUGUCCUUACUGAUGCUACCAUAGACACUGUAGCUUCUCAGGCUGCCACCGUUAAUGAAGUUGCAAUUGCUGCCGCUGAUUCUUUUUUGCCUGUAAUGGGGUUGCAGUACGUGAUAGAUGCUAUACAUUCCUAUACUGGCCUAAAUUGGUGGGCAUCAAUAGUUCUUACAACCUUGUUGAUUCGAAGUGCUACAGUUCCACUCUUAAUAAAUCAACUUAAGGCCACCUCUAAACUUACGUUAAUGAGGCCUCGCUUGGAGGAGAUAAAGCAACAGAUGGAUGGGAUGGCUAUGGAUCCCGUUGCUGUUGCUAAAGGUCAGGCGCAGAUGAAGAAGCUAUUUAAUGAAUAUGGUGUGAGCCCUUUUACGCCAUUGAAGGGACUCUUUAUUCAAGGCCCUAUUUUUGUUAGUUUUUUUCUUGCGAUAUCAAACAUGGCUGAAAAAGUGCCAUCAUUCAAGCAUGGUGGAGCUUUUUGGUUUACUGAUCUCUCUACUCCAGAUGCCUUGUACGUUUUUCCAGUUUUGACUGCAUUGUCAUUCUUAGUAACAGUAGAGUGUAAUAUGCAAGAGGGGAUGGAAGGAAAUCCUGUGGCUGGCACCAUGAAAAAUCUCUCCAGGGGUCUUGCGGUUCUUACAGUUCCAUUCACCAUGGGAUUUCCGAAGGCAAUAUUCUGCUACUGGGUUACAUCAAAUUUGUUUUCACUUGUAUAUGGACUUGGUAGGCUAGAAUGUAUAGUGCAUGUAUUUGAAGACUCCUUGGCUCCCCAUAAUCUUCGUAUUCUUUUCGAUAUUCUUUUCCACUAUGCUGAACUGCAAACGCUUAAAGUCCCUGGUGUAAAGAAAACUUUGGGUAUUCCUGAAAUACCUGUUGCAGCAGCUCCCACUGGUGCUCCUCAAUCGCCCUUUUCUAUAUUUCCCGCACUAAAACAAACUACGUCUGCCACAAAUGGGUCCAGGUCAGUAGUAACAGAUGAACCUUCAAAACAUUCAAAUACAAAGAUAUCUUCUUCAUCGGUUAUUAGUCAAAGGCUUAGAAGUUUAGAGAAACAAGUGAAAGGAAGAAAGAAGCACAAGUGA